AUGUUCACCGAUGUCUCUAGCGGCUUCUUGGAAGCUGCUCGGAAACGCUUUGCACAGAGAACGUCAAUCGAAUAUUCAGUGCUUGAUAUUACGCGAGACCCGUUGAGUCAGGGACUUGAGCCCGAAAGCUAUGACCUUAUUGUUGCAGCAAAUGUUAUUCACGCAACGCCCUCCCUCCACGACAGUCUAACAAACAUAAAGAAGCUGCUGGCUCCGGGCGGCCGCCUCUUGCUCCAAGAGACAUGUGGCAACUUCAUGUUGCUUGAAUAUGUAAUGCAGGGCUUCUUACCUGGAUGGUGGGUUGGAGAGAAUGAUCAACGUGUCGAGAAGCCAUACGUAAAUGUUGAUCGAUGGCGGAAGGAGCUACUGGACAUAGGACUCUCUGGCGUGGACUUCACCACGCAUCAGUUUAACGAGCCUAUUGUUAACAUGGCGUCUACUCGGCCUAUCCCUCCAGCUGCACAGGAUAAUAUUACGCUGCUUGUUUCGGAGCAUGAUAGUGGAGCUGCUACGGAGGUGUCGAGACAGUUUCGCUCUCAUGGGAGCAUUGUCGAGCUAUGUGGAUUGUAUAACCUGCCACGUAAUUCUCGGUUUGUGAUCGUUCUCUUAGAUGUGGUCUCCCCUCUACUCUAUAACUUGGAUGAAGAAGGCUUCCAGCAGCUCAAAGACUUUAUACUAGGACUCAGCAACCACCAUGAAUGUGUGAAUGUUCCCAAGUUGUGUAUAUCCACCCUCGAAGUUAAUCAACUGGAUGAUGAAGCAAUACAAAAUCUGGUGUCACUACAGUCCCACAUUCACAAACAUGAGAUUUGCCAUAGAUGGACGGGCAGAGGUAGGGAGUAUGCCUUGGUCAAGGGUGUUAUACAUACAGUGAGCCUUCAGUCCGUUCCGGCUACACAGGAAUUCACCAAGCCGAUCGACAACAAGCUCCCGAAGAAGCUCUCUCUAGAAUUUAUUGGUCUGUUAGAUACAUUGGUCUGGAGAGAGCAUAGUCACAGUCUUCUUGGAGAUGAUGAGGUUGAAAUCGACGUCCGAUGUGUGGGUCUGAACUUUAGGGAUAUUGCUAUCUCAUAUGGCCUCUUCGGAUAUACUGAGGACAUGGGCUACGAGGGCAGUGGGGUUGUACGUGCUGUUGGGUCAAAGGUUUUGCACCUGCGACCAGGAGACAGGGUGAUGUUCGGUCACCCCGGUAGCCUAUGCACCCGACGAACAAUGCCGGCCAACUUCGCCCAUAAGAUCCCAGAUACUUGGUCAUUUGAGAAAUCUGCAGGUCUCAUAGUAGUUUAUGCGACGGUGAUCUGGUGUCUUGCUGUUGUUGGAGCACUCCGCAACGGUCAGACGGGGCUGGUUCAUUCAGCCUGUGGUGGAGUGGGACUGGCUGCAAUUCGAUUCUGUGAAAUGAGGGGAGCUCAGGUUUACACUACCGUGGGCAGCGAAGAGAAGGUGCAGUAUCUUGUUAAUGAGUGCCAUAUUCCUCGCUCCCGUAUUCUACUCUCGAGAUACGUCGUUUCACCGUGA